UUUCCUUUGGCAAUUGGGGCCACUUGAGGUUUGUUGCAAGAUGGGAUCCCGAAUGUACUGCCAAGCGUUCUCUCUGUGCUAGUUGCAGGGCAACAUGUGAGGAGUCUGGUGUGGGCAAGAAGAGUGGUGCUAGGUGACUGAAGGUGUGUGUGGGGGUGUGGUCUGAGAAGUGACGUGCACGAGAGGGGAGAGUGUCAACUGAUGGUCCUGCAGCCCUGCUACUGGGGGCUUCCGUGAGAGCAGUGAGUCUAGGUUUAUGUCUAGGAGGCAUGAUUUAGGGUGCCCCAGAGGAACUGGCAGGCACAUGGGGAUGUGGCUGAGCCUGACAUUGUUGUGGGUAGAGUGGGGAUACUCAGUCAAGAGGCUUUUCCUGGACCCUGCUGGCCAUGUCAUUGCAGGGCUGUGUGAUCUCUGAGGACGUGUUUGUGUACUUCUCGUGGGAAGAAUGGAUGCUCCUUGAUGAUUCUCAGAGACUUUUAUAUCAGGAUGUGAUGCUCGAGAACUUUGCACUUUUAGCCUCACUGGGAAUUGCACCCUCCACAUCACGCUUAGUCGCACAACCAAAGCCAAGGGAAGAUCCCUGGGUGCCUGACCAGGUGGAUGUGACCCCAGCCACAGAAAGAGAGGCUCCGAAGGGACCUGGACCUGGUUGUUGGUGCGCAGUGGAGGAUAAUGAUACAUCCUCUGUCUCCUCAGAAGGAGUGUCACGGGUCAGGACUCCUGAGGCAGGUGUGAAGACCCGCCCGUGUGACAGCUCUGGCUCAGUGUUGAAAGAAAUCUUAUACCUGACUGAACGCCAGCAGGGAGAGGCCAGGCCGAAGCCGCCCGCACGGGGGGCACGUUGGAAGCAAUGGUGGCUCAGUGCCAGCCUCCAUCAGCACCAGAAGCAGCCCACUGGAGAGAGGCCCUUCCGAAGAGGUGAGGGCAGGGCCUCCGUGAAAAGCUGCAGACCCUACGUGCCAGAGAAGACCUCCAUGUGCACGGAGGGUAGGAUGGACUUGCCAGCCCCCUCUGGCCUUCCUCAGCACCAAGUCCCCUGCAUGCCUUCGAAGGCCUACAAGAGCACCGGGCUUGGCGGAGCCCUUCACACUGGACAGAGGCAUCACAGGUGCACUGAAUGUGGGAAAGCGUUCACCCGCAAAGACGCGCUUACGCGGCACCAGAGAAUCCAUAGUGGAGAAAGGCCUUAUGAGUGCAGCCAGUGUGGGAAACUCUUUAGCCAAAGCUGUGACCUUUUCAAACACGAGACCAUACACACUGGAGAAAGGCCGUAUGAGUGCCGCGAAUGUGGGAAAUUUUUUAGACAGAUCUCUGGCCUCAUUGAACAUAGGCGAGUUCACACUGGCGAAAGACUCUAUCAGUGCAGCAAUUGUGGAAAAUUCUUCAGUAGUAAGUCUAACCUCAUUAGACACCAAGAAGUUCACACAGGAGCAAGGCCUUAUGUAUGCAGCACAUGCGGGAAAGAGUUCAGCCGCAAACACACGCUCCUUCUGCACCAGAGAACUCACACUGGAGAGAGACCUUACGAGUGCAGUGAGUGUGGGAAGGCCUUUAGCCAGAGCUCUCACCUUAACGUGCACUGGAGAAUUCACAGCAGUGAUUAUGAGUGCAGCAGAUGUGGGAAAGCCUUUAGCUGCAUCUCUAAACUCGUUCAGCACCAGAAAGUUCACUCUGGAGAAAAUCCUUACGAGUGCAGCAGGUGUGGGAAAGCCUUCACCCAGAGGCCGAAUCUGAUCCGGCACUGGAAAGUUCACAGUGGAGAGCGGCCUUAUGUGUGCGGCAGAUGUGGGAAAGAGUUUAACCGCAAACACACGCUUGUUCUCCAUCAGAAGAUUCACACAGGAGAGAAGCCUUAAUACUGCAGCAAAUGUGGGAGAUCCUUUAGUCAAUGCCCCAACUUAUAGUUCAUUUGAGAAUUCCCAGCAGGGAUCGUGUGUGCAUCGGACAUGGGACAGCCUUCACCCAAAGACUAAACCGUUUUCAGCACGGGAAAGUCUACCCUGGACAAAGGCCUCAGCUGUACAGCGAAUGUGCUGUCUCCUCAUUCAGCCUGACCGUUCUCCCCAGAGUGAAGCUCUGAGAGUAGGCUUUGUGAGGGAGCCAUCAUUCACAAGUCGUAGCUCACACUUGUGCACAUCUACGCUGGGGAGAUUCCUUGGGAGCGCCUGGUAUGUGAGGUGCGUUCGGGAGCUGUGUUGCACAUUGUAAACUGCUGAGUCCCUUUGCCAGUGGCAAAGCCGCCCUACCGUUACCAUCGGGCAAAGCUCCGCCGUGUGUGUCUGUCACUUCAGCAUGCUCAGGCAGGCGGACCUCUGUGCUGUCUCCACAGUCCCUUGCAGUCAUGUUUGGCCUCCACGGACCAUCAGGGGCCUCAUUUCCUUCCUUUUGUCUGGGUUAGGUGUGGAAAGAGUUGGCUCACGAGAUGGGUUUUCCAGGAAGCUUGCAAAGGUUUGUCUUCAUGGACUUUUUGGUCUCGUGUCAUGCUCUCUGUGGAUGUCUACGGUCUCACGUCAUCCAGCCCUGGAACGGCAUGCCUCUCGUUGCUCAUGUUUGUACAAUAAUAAAAUGCUUGUUCUUUCAGCCAUUUUUAAUCUUGAGGGUUCUGUUCAUUGUGUGGGGUGUGUUGAGGACACAGUUGUGUUCUACCAACAUGAAAGGAUCAAGUUUAUGGGAGCCCCCAGUUUUCCAUGUCUCAGAGAGGACAGUGUGAUGGCAGAGAAAAGCUCUCAUUCCAGGUUUGGCCUAAUUUGUGCUGCUGCCCGAGGUCUUCUGGGAAAGACUUACGGGCUUUGUGGGACCUGUCAUGUGGCCCGGGUCCGUAAGUAACUGUGGAGAGGGAGUUGUGACAACCUCCAGUGCAUCUGGAAGCAGAUUGAGUUUGGUCCCUGGUUCCUAUGGAAUGUCUCAUGUCCCCAGGCACUAUGAAGAGGAAACUGGCCUCUGGUACCUGACAAGGAGCCUGAGUCAGAAUUCGGUAGGUAGAUGUCACUGGCUGGAAGAGCUACAGGAGCCAGGCAGGAACUAUAAUGGAUACGGGAACAAAGUGUAAUUAACGUGGGGUUAGAGAGAUUGCAGCACGCUAGAAGGGAUGCCCCGCAAGAGGUACCUGCUUGGAUAUUCCCCAACUAUGGCUGAACAGAAUGAGAAGGUGCAGACAUUUUCAGGACCUCCAGAGCUGCCUCCUGUGGCCAAGACCACUUGCAGGACAAAUAAUCUAAGUAUUUUGUGGAUUUCCUUAGACUCUGGAUG